AGAUGAAGAUUACUAACGAAAUCUUGAAUACGAGUCAAACUCUUAAUCAGAAACUCUAACUUAAAUUUAAUUUGUUUAAACCGAACAUGGAUUUAAACCCAAAUCGAACUAGCAGUAAUCCACCGCCAUCAAAUUCUAGUUAGGUCAAACCUUUAAGGAUCUUACAUAGGCAGUGUUUAAGAUUUUCCAAUUUGAGGAAAAAUGUCAGAUAUUUGUGUUUAAGGUUCUAGACUCUUCUCCUCUCAGUUUGAUUUGAACUUUUCUUCUCUUUCACACGACACCCGUAAAAAUCAACUCUCCCAAUACCUUCAAUAUCUACAAUGUCCGCUUUCGGAGCGACCCCCAACGCUUGCGGUGGCGGAGGCGAGAACCGCUUCUACAAUCCUCCGCAUAUACGGAAACAACAACAGGAGCGGCAGUUGCGGCAACGACAGGAGCGAGAACGUGAGGAUCAGAAAUUGAUUGACGCGCCGGUUACGGUGGCUGGGUUGGAUAAGAGAGGAUGGUCAGAUGAAUGUGAAUCGUCGCCUUGUUGUCUGAGUGAAUCGACGAAUUUGGAUCGGUUCUUGGAGUACACCACUCCUACGGUUCCAGCUCAGUAUUUGCCUGAGACAAGUGUAAGGAGAUGGGGAGACAGUGAAACAGAAAUUUGUCCAUACUUCCUGCUCGGUGACUUAUGGGAAUCCUAUAGGGAAUGGAGUGCAUAUGGAGCAGGUGUUCCUCUUUUGUUGGACGGGAACGAAUCUGUCAAGCAGUACUAUGUUCCUUUCCUGUCUGCCAUUCAACUCUAUACAGAUCCAUCAAGACCCUCCAUAAGGCUGAGGAAGCCUGAUGAGGAGAGUGAUGUUGAUACGUCCAGGGAAACUAGUAGUGAUGGUAGCAGUGACUAUGGGGUAGAGAGGCAAAUUAGUGCUUUUGUUCAGGGGACUUGGAGUCAGCAGAAUACAGCAGAUGAAAAUAUCCAGAAGUUAUAUAGGCUCUCACUGAGAAACAAACACUUGAUGGGUUCGUCAAGUGAUGAAAGUGAGAUUUGUAACCCUCAUGGCAAGCCUGUAUUUGAAUAUUUGGAGCAUGAUGCUCCAUUUAGUCGUGAACCUUUGGCUGACAAGAUUUCAGUUCUUGCGUCUGGAUUUCCAGAACUAAAGACAUACAGGAGCUGUGAUCUCUUACCUUCAAGUUGGAUAUCUGUGGCAUGGUAUCCAAUGUAUAGAAUACCUAUGGGUCCAACAUUACAGAAUCUUGAUGCUUGCUUUCUGACCUUCCAUUCCUUGUCAAAACCAUUUCAAAGUAGAAGGUCUGAUGGGUUGUGUGUCCUAAAUUUUACUACCAAGGAGGUGCACAGGGAUGACAUGUCCUUCAAGCUAUCAUUGCCUACCUUUGGGCUUGCGUCAUACAAGUUCAAAGUUCCAUUCUGGAACCAUAAUGGACUUUAUGAAUCUCUUUUGCAAGCUGCUGACAACUGGCUUAAGCUUUUACAAGUCAAGCAUCCUGAGUACAUCUUCUUUAUUUCCCGCAACUCCUCCUUCAGGUGAGGGAGAUUUCCCUUUAACAGCUCAAAAGCUUUUAUUUCGAAAAAGGGAGUUGGCGCCAUUGAUCUUGAAAACUACUCAGCCCCCACAGCUCUUGCCAUUGUGGAUAUUUAUAUGUUCUGGAGCAUAAGCAUUCUUACUGUUUGCUAUAUUCACUACAGUUCUUUCUUUUUGUUUAGAGGAUUGCCACGAAAUGGUCUGUUUUUGGUGUUUGUGGAAGUGAGGUAAGCAGGAGGCUCUGUUCUAAAUUUAAAAAAAAAAAGCGUUUUAAAUGGAUGUUGCGGUCAUGGAUAUAACUAUCUGAACACAGUUUUCUGAUGAUAAUCCAUGCUAGAUUUUGAUCAUGUGAAUUGUCUAAUAGGUUUUUUGGGGCAGAGAAUAACUUUAUAAUAAGGCUUUCAGAUGAUGUCGAGUUUAUGUAUAUAGAUAGGCCGUCCUCUUCAGGUUGUGCAGCAUACUUUGUACUAACUCUUACCAAGAAUUCGAACUUUUAUGAAGCUUUCUGCAAGACUUUGUUUCCGUUGUCAA